GAAAUGAUAGGACAAAAAUUACACAAUAUGACAAAUGAUUGUAGCGAAGAGAGUAAAUUGACAGCUAGCUCGAUUUUUCCAGGUCACGUGAAAUGAGGGAAAUUUUGCGCCAUACGUUAGUAUCGUGGUUUGGGACCGACUGGGAAAUUUUCUGGGCAAUUCAGUCAGGUUGUGCAUUGGUGGGCAAUAGGCUGUGUAAGAAUUUCUUUUAAAGUCAAACCCCAUGGCUCCCCUUGAACAAUUUCUUUUCCGGCAGUUUUUGCUGUGCAGGAAUUUUGUUUUGGAAAUUGCCCAAAUCCCAACACUGACUCUUCCCUAAAAAAUAACUAUGGUCCGCCAAUUCGGGACCGAGCAGUCGCAAAAGUGGGAAUACAAAAAAAGUUCGAAAAACAGACAGAAAUAGUAUCGCACAGAAAUAAAAUCACUCAAGCGAGUAACUCGGGGAAAAAAUAUCACUGCACUGAAGGACAGAUAAGGUAUUUUUACUACCAAGAGACCCAAAAAAUCAAGCCAAAAAAACUCUUCACCCUGAGAGCCAUCGCCCGUCCCCCUCCCCGCUCCAAAAACCUUUUUCCUUCCCAGUUCCCACAUCACAUCAUCGCUACAUCGGCAGCACCAGAACGAGGCCGCGGAAAAAACCAUUAUGGCGGCCAAAGUGGGCGAAGGGUAGUGUUUAUGCUCUUGUUUUCACAUUGCUUUACCUGGGUAUUCUUCGUGAUCCUAUCAGAAAUCAUGAAGAGGACUAAUCCGGACUAUUCAACCACUGUUGUGGAGGAAAAACCUUUGGAGACUCUAGACUAUGGCACCCAACCCGUGUUAAAACUGAAACGGAGUCGACAGUCUCUUGAAGCUUCGAAAAGGCUCGCAUUUGAACUAUCUCAAUAUUCAACACAACAGGAAAUCCUUCAAACUCUUGUUGAUCUCGAAAAAGAGCUCCCUUUGGAGUCGUUAGAAGUGGCUGAGUUCGUCAUCAGGACUUUGUGGGAACGGUUUUACGAGACAAAAGACGCUGUAGUUCGAGUGAAAGUUGUUUCAUUGCUUGGAAGCGUGGCAAAAUUUCCUGGAGUCAAUAUUCACGCGAUUGCUGAGGACCUGAUCAAGCUUUUGAAUGCGGACCGAGAAAGCAGGAAUAUAGAAUCUCACAAAGUGUCUGCUCAGAUAUUUCAUACUCUUUUGCUACUUGGCAAACUUUGUAAUGACGAGGCAAAGAUUGUUCACCAAAUUGAGAAGAUUGCUACGCAGCACCUCAAAGAUCCCCACUCCUCAGUGCGUUGCCAGUGUCUUUGCUUGAUUGGUCACCUUACUCAGGGAUCAGAGAGUUCAUCAAUGAGUAUGGAGCCAGGUUCACAAGGAGGGGUGCAAAACUUGUUGGCAAGCUUCUCAGAGGACAGUGACCCAAGAGUACGGACAAGUGCUUUGCAAGCUCUGCUCACACUGCAUGCGAGAGGCCAGAAGCUAGACAUGACAGUUUAUGAUCAGGCAUCACUGGCAUUGGAUGAUGACUAUGAAGAUGUGCGACUGGCAGCCAUCAAGUUGGUUUGGGUGUUUAGUCAAGCAAACCCAGAGCGAGUUGUUAAAUUACCAACAUCAGAUGACGUCCGGCUUGUGGACGAUGCUUUUAUCAAGAUCUGCCACAUGGUCAAUGACUUGUCUAUGAACGUGCGCAGAGAGGCCACAGGGCUUCUAGGCUCACUCCAUCUUGUCAGUCCGAAGUUUCUGGAGCAGACAUUGGACAAGAAGCUUAUGUCUCAUCUGAAGAGGAGAAAAACAGAGCACGAGAAACGCCGAGAGAUUCACGCGUCAGGUGGCAACGACGGCGGAGGUUGGAGCACAGGACGAACCUGGGGUGACGGUACCCCUGAACCUGAAGUGGACCCUGAGGACGUCAGCCUGAUGAGUAGCGGUGCCUGCGGGGCGUUCGUCCACGGCUUAGAGGACGAGUUCCUAGAGGUGCGUUCUGCAGCAGUGGAUUCGCUCUGUGAAUUGGCCUAUCAGAAUUCUCCUUUCGCUGUUCUCUCGUUAGACUUCUUGGCUGACAUGAUGAACGACGAGAUUGAGAGCGUGCGGCUGAGUGCCAUUAACAGUCUGCGUAAAAUCAGCGAGCACAUUCAGCUGCGUGAAGAUCAGCUGGAGACACUGCUCGGGGUACUGGAGGAUUUCUCAGGGGACACUAGAGAGGCUGUUCGGGAGCUGUUAUGCCACUGUGUGUUCGCCACCAGAGCGUGUCUGCACGCCGCUAUUCACGCCUUAUUGGGCAACUUAUCAAAAUACCCUCAGGACAGAUCGUCUAUAUGGAGGUGUGCCAAGUUUCUGGGUGAAAAGCACCAACACCUGGCUUCUUCCCUUGUACCCGAGCUUCUGUCGACUCACCCAUUUUUUGCCACUCCUGAGCCGUCCAUUGAUGACCCGGCGUACGUCGCCAUUUUAAUUCUCGUGUUUAAUGCCACGGCCAAGAGUCCCACCAUGCUGGCCAUGUUCCCGGAUCACACCAAUCGACAUUACGCGUACUUACGGGACAGCCAACCCGACCUCGUCCCGCAUCUUGAUAUCGAGAAAGGCGUUAUAGAAUUGGAUCAUAAAAAGACUGAAGAAGAAGGGUCACAAAGUGCAAAGAGCUUUUUUGAAAGCAUCCAAAUGAGAGUUCAAUGUGUGAAGUCACGAAGCCCAUCAAACGCACAGCAAGCUCUAAAAACAGCUAUCCAAGACCUGCGGCAUGUCAAGAGCAUUGAUUCGCAUCUUUGCGCCAACGCAGAAUGUCUUUCGCUCUACCUUCAAUGCAAGCUGAUGAUUCUUCAGGCUCAAAACGACAAGAUAUGGACCAUUCCAGCGGCCCUUUGCACCCAUCAAGGCUCUGGUUUGAAAUCUCUUGUCGAGAAUAUCCUCUCGACCUCCUACCGAGUAGAACAUACCUUCACCGGCCUGAGCUCGCAGCAAACAUUUUUACUUCGACAGCUGAGGCUCAUUGCGCAUGCGUUACAGAUCCUCGUUUCGCAGAGAUACAGCCGCGCUAACGACAAAAACUUGAAUUCCAUGCUUCAAGUGUGGGAAUCGUUUUUGACCAGAAUAAAAACCUUUUCCCACUUCAUAAACACGGAGAACAUCAACACGGAUGCAUUCUGUGCCGAAGUGGUUUCGUUUCCCAGUUUCUUUGAGUCGAACAUUACUAAUCCUUCGGGUGUUGUAGAUUUCGUUCAGUCCAUCAUGCUUUCCCAUGAAGUUCCAUCAUUGGAGUUGACAGGCAGUCUGCGUCAGGCUUGCGCAGUCCUGAAUGAGCCUCGUGGAGGUUCGGAUAAUCCCCUGUGUUUCUCUGCUGGUCUUACGCUGGGUAUCAAUGUUGAAGCUGUAUUGGAGAACGUGGCAGAUGCGACCAAUGUCCGAGUGCAGGUUGUGUUUCCUGAUAUGAGGUGUCGGUGGUUUAUUCCCAAGCGAGAUGAUCUCCAUGUUAUUUCUCCACUGAAGCAGCGGCUUGUCACCACAGUUAUCUUGUCACAUUCUGGAUGGUCAGAACCAGGUUUAAUUGAGGUAUCCUUGGUGCUCAAGUACACCCCUGAUGUGGACGAGGGAGGUGUCCUUCAGCUUGCUUCACAUACAGCUAACACCACAGAUGAAGACUCACAGGGGAUAAAGCAAAUCAAAAGCUCUAAAGACAAUCUUGUCGACGGCGUUAUAAACCUGUGCUCACCAGUUCAAGUAUGCAUCAUGCCCAAGGUCACAAGAUAACGAUGUUUAUCUCAUGACGUGGAGGGAUAAUAGCCAAUCAGAAGCCUGGAAGACUUGUCUAGUCGGCGUUAUAUUACGAACCCUAUAAACGCUUUCUUUGCCACAUGUGUCACUUCCAUCAAAACGUCUGGCUAUUCCCAGCCGUAAUGAGCUGCGUCCUUCACAGCAUCCCGUUUUUCCGGUCAGAAUGUACUGCGUCCGCUGUAGCUUUCAGUUUAUUCCCGCCAUACACGUGCCUCGUUCCACAACUUCAAGCUCUUUCCCGCGGCUAUCUCCCGCCAUACUUGUGCCGCGCUCCACAACUUUAAGCCUUUUCCCGCCAUAAGUACAGCGCCUCCGUCUCAUCUCGUGGUUAUUUCCCGCCAUAGUCGUGCCGCGCUGUACAGUGCAGCUCGUUUAAGAACAAGUACUGAAGUCAGUCACUACACAAUGGCAGUUAAACAACUAAGAACUCUUUUAUCUGAUUUUGUACAUGUGAUCAAGAUUGAUAAAAUGCCGAAUAAAUCACUAUCCAGUGGAUAACGUAGUUUAUUUUUGCAACACUUAUCCAAUGGAUAGCGAUUAAUCUGGGGGAGAGCAUUGUCCACCCUUUUGAAGAAAUAGCCUUGAACACUAAAUGCUAUGGGCACUAACUGUUCUGAUACCUCAGUACUAAGUUAUUCGCACUUGUUUCAAACGUUGUCCACAUUAGAAGUACCAGUGUGUUCUGAGAACGAUAGGCAAACCAAAUGUAUAAAUUUCACACCUAAAUAAAUAAUCAGGCCAUACGAGCAAUGUGCCUCUAAAAAUGUUGUUUUCUGCUUGAGGACAAGGGCUGGUUUUUCAAGUAAAUACAGUUGAACAAUACAUUUUUCACACCAUGUCGUGAUAAGGCGAGG